UUUAAAAUCAACAGAUGAAGGGCUUAUAACCGAAACAUUGACCCUCCUGCUCCUCGGAUGCUGCCUGACUCCACUGUGCUUUUCCAGUACCACAUUUUUCGACUGACUCUCCAGCAUCUCCAGUCCUCACUUUGAUGUCAAUGUCUGACAGUCACUCAGUCCACUGGGGCCAGCAAAGAUUUUCGCCGUGAUUUCUGUGAGAGGGAUCAACGCUUUUUGGUUCCUGCCUGAGUUUGUUUUCAGCAUCAGUGGGACUGGACGAGAGACCCCACUGUUGCAGCACACUGUGCGUGGAGCCUGAAACCGUUAUACGGCAGGGAGGGGCUCUACACGUGUUUGUGUGCAGCUGAAGCUUUGGCCAUGGAGAAACCCGAGGAAUCCCGCCCUGUGGAGAAACCGUGGAAGUGUGGAGACUGUGGGAAAGGCUUCCGUGUCCCAUCUGCCCUGGAGACUCAUCGGCGCAGUCACACCGGGGAGAGGCCAUUCCCCUGCACCGACUGUGGGAAGGCCUUCAGACAUUCCUCCCACCUGCUGGCCCACCAGCAGGACCACACGGGGGAAAGACCCUUCAGCUGCCCCGAGUGCGGGAAGGCCUUCGUGUUUUCCUCCGCCCUGUUGGCCCACCAGCGGGUCCACACAGGAGAGAGGCCGUUCAGCUGCCCAGAGUGCGGGAAGGCUUUUACCAACAACUCCAACCUGCGGAGCCACCAGCGGAUCCACACGGGGGAAAGGCCCUUCAGCUGCUCUGAGUGUGGGAAGGCCUUCAGCGAUUCCUCCACCCUGCGGACCCACCGGCGUGUCCACAUGGGGCAGAGGCCCUUCAGCUGCCCCGAGUGUGGGAAGUCCUUUACCCACGUCUCCUCCCUGAUGAGGCACCAGCGGGUCCACACCGGGGAGAGGCCGUUCACCUGUUCUCAGUGUGGGAAGGGCUUCAUCUGCUCCUCCACCCUGCGGAGCCACCAGUGGGUCCACACCGGGGAGAGGCUCUUCAGCUGCCCCGAGUGUGGGAAGGGCUUCAGCACAUCCUCCACCCUGCUGACUCACCAGCAGGUCCACACCGGGGAGAGGCCGUACAUCUGCUCUCAGUGCGGGAAGGCCUUUACUCAGUCCUCCCACCUGCUGACCCACCGGCGUGUCCACACGGGGCAGAGGCCCUUUAGCUGCCCCGAGUGCGGGAAGGCCUUUACCCACGUCUCCACCCUGAUGAGGCACCAGCGUGUCCACAGCGGGGAGAGGCCGUUCACCUGCUCUCAGUGCGGGAAGGGUUUCACCUGCUCCUCCCACCUGCGGAGCCACCAGCGGGUCCACACGGGGGAGAGGCCCUUCAGCUGCCCCGAGUGUGGGAAGGCCUUCAGCAGAUCUUCCUCCCUGCUGAGGCACCAGCAGAUCCACACCGGAGAGAGGCCGUUCAGCUGCCCCGAGUGUGGCAAGGCCUUCAGCAGAUCUUCCUCCCUGCUGACCCACCAGCGGAUCCACACCGGGGAGAGACCUUACACCUGCUCUCAGUGCGGGAAGGGCUUCACCUGCUCCUCCAACCUGCGGAAGCACCAGCGAGUUCAUGAAUCCCGCCCUGUGGAGAAACCGUGGAAGUGUGGGGACUGUGGGAAAGGCUUCCGUGUCCCGUCUGCCCUGGAGAUUCAUCGGCGCGGUCACACCGGGGAGAGGCCAUUCCCCUGCACCGACUGUGGGAAGGCCUUCAGACAUUCCUCCCACCUGCUGGCCCACCAGCGGGUCCACACGGGGGAAAGGCCCUUCAGCUGCCCUGAGUGUGGGAAGGCCUUCAGCGAUUCCUCCUCCCUGCGGACCCACCGGCGUGUCCACGCGGGGCAGGGGCCCUUCAGCUGCCCCGAGUGUGGGAAGGCCUUUACCUACGUCUCCUCCCUGCUGAGGCACCAGCGUGUCCACACCGGGGAGAGGCCGUUCACCUGUUCUCAGUGUGGGAAGGGCUUCAUCUGCUCCUCCAUCCUGCGGAGCCACCAGCGGGUCCACACCGGGGAGAGGCCGUACAUCUGCUCUCAGUGCGGGAAGGCCUUCAGCACAUCCUCCACCCUGCUGACCCACCAGCAGGUCCACACCGGGGAGAGGCCGUACAUCUGCUCUCAGUGCGGGAAGGCCUUUACCCAGUCCUCCCACCUGCGGACCCACCGGCGUGUCCACACGGGGCAGAGGCCCUUUAGCUGCCCCGAGUGUGGGAAGGCCUUUACCCACGUCUCCACCCUGCUGAUGCACCAGCGUGUCCACACCGGGGAGAGGCCGUUCACCUGCUCUCAGUGCGGGAAGGGCUUCAUCUGCUCCUCCCAACUGCGGAGCCACCAGCUGGUCCACACGGGGCAGAGGCCCUUCAGCUGCCCCGAGUGUGGGAAGGCCUUCAGCAGAUCUUCCUCCCUGCGGAGACACCAGCGUGUCCACACCGGGGAGAGGCCGUUCAGCUGCCCCGAGUGUGGCAAGACCUUCAGCACAUCUUCUGCCCUGCUGACGCACCAGCGGAUCCACACCGGGGAGAGGCCUUACACCUGCUCUCAGUGCGGGAAGGGCUUCACCUGCUCCUCCAACCUGCGGACGCACCAGCGAAUUCAUCGGCACAGCCACACUGGGGAGAGGCCAUUCCCCUGCCCCGAGUGCGGGAAGGACUUCAGCGAUUCCUCCCACCUGCUGAGGCACCAGUGGGUCCACACUGGGGAGAGGCCGUUCCCCUGCCCCGAGUGCGGGAAGGCCUUCAGCGAUUCCUCCCACCUGCUGAGGCACCAGUGGGUCCACACUGGGGAGAGGUCAUUCUCCUGCCCCGAGUGUGGGAAGGCCUUCAGCGAUUCCUCCCACCUGCUGAGGCACCAGCGUGUCCACACGGGGGAGAGGCCGUUCCCAUGCCAAGUGUGCGGGAAGGCCUUCAGCAAUUCCUCUAACCUGCUGAGGCACCAGUGGGUCCACACAGGGGAGAGGCCCUUCAGCUGCCCCAAGUGUGGGAAGGACUUCACCCGCUCCUCCUACCUGCGGAGCCACCAGCGAGUUCAUGUGCCAUCGCAGGGGGAUUGAAGGAAUGACGGCCGAGUGCCAUUAUCAACUGGACUAUCAACCCAGUUCCAGUGGCUCCCGAGUUCGAUUCCCACCGCGACAGAUGGUGGAAUUGGAAUUUGGUGAGAAAUCUGGAGUUCAGAAUCUAACAGUGAAACCAUUGUCGGUGGGGUGGGGGGUGGAAGAAAACCCCCAUCUGAUUCACUCAGUUCUUUUUUAGGGAAGACUUGAGCAGUUAUUAGAGCAGUCGUCCCAGCUGCAUCCUUUACCCGGUCUGGCCUACACGUGACUCCAGACCCACAGUAGUCUGGUUGACUCUACGCUGCUCAUCCAACUUACUUGGAUACAGGUUGAAAUUGCUGACUGAGGCAAUACUUCCUCCAGGUUAAGGCCAUAUCAAGGAUCCAAUUACAAAGGGACAAUUCAGUGGUGACCCAUAAUGAAGAAAGUGAGGGGUUGCACUUUGACCUUGAGCUGUUUUUAAAAAAUUGCUACUUUUUCUACACCUUUCUGC